UGAAUAUAUUUUAGUGAAAAUGGAGAAUGAGUUUCUUUACAGGCAGGCAUACUUUGAAAAUCUUCAUAGAUUUGCUGAAAAGAGCCUUUCAGAAUCUUUUAAGACAGAUAAUAAGUUCAAUUUUGGAAAAGACUUUGAAUUUGAUUUUAACUCUGGCCUGGAUAACACGAAAGCAAAAUAUAAGCUUCAAGGGGGUAACCCAAUGAGAAUUCUCAGAAAUCUUGAAAAAGAGCUAACCAGACUGAAUUUAAAGACUAAAGAUGGUGAACCUACACUCAAUUAUACUGCAGAAGAUACUCGUACAGGAAUACAAGAGACCACAAAAUUUGAGAUUAUAGCUUGGAAACUUUUCACUGAGUGUGUCUCUGCAGACCAUAUCUACUUUGAGAAUCUGAAAGCAGAUACCCUUUCAGAGGAGGAUAGAAACCCUAUGUCUCUUUUAGCAGACAUUAUCAAAGGAGAUCAUGAGAUUAUUUCCUGCCAUUAUAUCCUCAAGUGGCUUGAGAAGAUUUAUUCUAGAGAGAUUAAGAUGCCAGAACAGCUUUUAUUUAAAGACCUUGAUAAAUUUGAGCUCCUUGAAGAUGACAACUUCAGUUUAAAGGAAGAACAUGCACAGUUCUUAUUCUGCAAUCUUCGUUCAGGGAAACUUGGUCAAAUCAAGGAUAGGGUUCCAUCCCUCAUUUGAGCAUGGAAGACCUCCAUGCUUCAAGGAGAUAUGCCUUCUCUUGGGGAGCUCAUCGAUCCCAUCGGAUGUUUCGAGGGAGACUUUAAAAAUCCUUUACUUGAGAAAGAUAACAAAAAUUACAAAAGGGAUUGUAAUUUUAGCUCAGGAGAUUAUUUUAAUCACAUCAAAAUCUGUAAGAUUAAAUGUGAAGGCUAUGGGAAAGACAAAGUCCAAAAUAAAUUUGAGAAAGCUCUUUAUGGAUCAUUCUGUGGUGAUACAACUUCCAUGUUGAAAGUCUCUUAUGACUGGGAUGACAUACUCUGGUGAUACCUCAAAACAGUACUCUUUUACAAUGUUACUGAAAAAUACAUUCAAGUAGAAGAUGAAUAUCUCGAAUAUUACAAUAUGACACAUGGAGAUUAUCAUUGCAGUGAUGAACAAUUCAAGAUUGAGUUUCAAAACUGGCCAUUUCCAGAGACAUGCCCUAUAGACUUUGACGCUAUCCUUGAGAAGACAAUUAAGGAGAUGCCCAGGUCCUCUCUAUGCUUUAGCAAUAGGGAGACUAACCCAUUUAUUGAAGUCUUGAUUCUGCUAUUGCAGAUCCAGUUGAAGCCCUCCAGAAUUUAUUCUCAGAUUGAGAACCGUUGGAAUAUCCUCGUUGACAAAAUUGCCGAUCUAAACAGUAUUCAGAACUAUAGCCAAGAAGAUCUAAUUUUCCUUAGAUUUAGUGCUCAUUUGUUAAUAAUGCUCUACAUUCUGCAGAGAAUAGACUUCACUAGGGUUGAGCAGUACAAUGAGGUUCUCUUCAAGUUCAUAAAUUCCGAACAAGAGAUCGACUCACAAAUGCACACAUUUUACUUGAACUUCAUCAUUGGUGAUGGGAAAAAGGUGGAGUAUUACUCAGAGCAGGUCUACUCUAUCACUGAUGCAGUGGUUCAGGAAAAGAUCCUUGAGAAUAUAGAUCUUCACCUCCCUGAGCUCAAAGAAGACUUCAAGGAUACUAUUAAAGCUAAGAUUGUCGGCGGAAUAAAACCCAAGUCUAACUCAAAGAUUAAUAUUCAUGAUGUUGUGAAGAAGCUCAAUUGGCUAUUUUAUCAAGAUAAUUACCUUGAGUUUUAUAAAACUGUUCUUGAAAUCGCGAGAAAGUACUUCCUUAAUGGCUCCUCAGAGUUUGGCUAUCAUCAUUAUAUUGAGACCUUGUAUGAUGAGUUAAGGGCAAACCUUGACUUUUGAGAAACUCAGGAAGAGAGCUUGAAGCAACAUGGAGUUUAUGCACCACUGAUAAAUGAGAGAAAGAAGCAUUGUCUCUUAGUGCAGCUGAUUCAUGAAAACGAACUGCCUGAGAUUGAUUCAUAUAAGCCAAGUUCUGUCUGUCUAAGAAAAAUAAGGAUUGUCAAGACAAUUGAUAAAGUUUUACGAGAUUGCUCUAAGAAAACUCUCUUGUUUGAUUAUCCAUUGGAGGCAGAAUAUGAUCAGAAAAUUAAAUUUAUUCAUCAAUCAUUAAAGACUAAGCUAAUUCCUUCUCUUGUCCUACUGAAAUUAGAUCUUCUUUUCAAAGCCGGCUAUUAUGUAGAUUGUUUAAAAAUAAUGGAGUUUAUUAUGGACAAGACUCCAGAAGAUGAUAUGAAGCUUGAACCUGUGCUAGGAGAACCUUCCGACCCAUAUCCUCCAGGCUGUUUAUCCUUAAAGCCUUAUCUGAACCAACAUAUUUUGACCAAGAUAGACGCUAAACUGGCAGAUGCAAUGUUGCGAUCUCCAGAGGUGAUUGAGUAUCUUUUAUCCAAGUAA